CCUCCUCUUCUACCCUUUGAAGCUUUUGUUUUCCGCGGCCGCCUCGACGGCAGGAAACUUCCCGGAGGGAUGGGCUUCGUCCGGGCUCGCGCCGCGCGGGGCUCUGCAGGGUGCCGGCCACGCUGCGAGGUUAUUUGGAAAAGGAAUGAUUUGCUGAGCAGAGCAGCACAAGAUGACUUAUGAUUCCUGUUCUUCAUGGAAGCCUGUCUGGAUUCAUAUGCUUCUUUUUCUCCGUUAUCAAAAUUGAUGGAAGUACAGACAUGGAUUUAAGAGCUUUGAUACUUUUGGAUGUUUAAUUCAGAUUUGGUAAAUGACAUGGAAUAAGAUACUGCCUGAACAAGAUGAAAUGCCUUGAAGACCUUUGGUUCUGCUUUCAUUCUUCCUGAAGCAAUGGUUUUCUCAGCAAUGUUGACACCAACCAAUUCUGGGACCUCAAAUGCUACUUUUAUUGUUUAUGAAAAUUCCUACACGAAUUUUACCACUCCCCAGGUCUUACUUCGUAGUGGCACAACACAGCCACUGAGAUAUAGUUCAGGUGCUGUGCUCACCACUGAGAGAAGUACUUUUCUGGUACACACUACAGCUGUCCUGCCAUCACAAGAAGUUUUCAGGAGCUUGAGUUUGCCACUCCAGAUCAUACUUUCUGCUGCUAUGAUAUUUAUUGUGUUGGUUUCAUUCCUUGGAAACUUUGUUGUAUGCCUCAUGGUCUACCAGAAGGCAGCUAUGCGAUCUGCAAUUAACAUUCUCUUAGCAAGCCUGGCUUUUGCAGACAUGCUGCUGGCAGUGCUGAACAUGCCUUUUGCUCUGAUAACAAUCAUUACCACUCACUGGAUUUUUGGGGAUAUCUUCUGCAGAGUCUCUGCCAUGUUUUUUUGGCUUUUUGUCAUAGAGGGGGUAGCAAUUCUUCUUAUCAUUAGCAUCGACCGAUUUCUUAUUAUAGUUCAGAGACAGGAUAAACUGACACCUUACCGUGCGAAGAUUCUCAUUGUGAUUUCCUGGGCAGCAUCCUUUGUUGUUGCUUUUCCGUUAUCAGUAGGGAAUCCUAAUCUGCAGAUACCCUCGAGAGCACCUCAGUGUGUUUUUGGCUACUCUACUAGCCCCGGUUACCAAGCAUACGUGAUAAUUAUCUUGCUAAUUUCUUUUUUUAUUCCAUUCUUGGUAAUGCUAUAUUCUUUUAUGGGCAUACUCAACACCGUCCGCCACAAUGCAGUUCGUAUCCAUAGCCACCCUGACAGCAUAUGCCUCAGCCAGGCCAGCAAACUUGGUCUCAUGAGCUUACAGAGACCUUUUCAGAUGAACAUUGAUAUGAGCUUUAAAACUCGUGCCUUCACCACCAUCUUGAUUUUGUUCCUUGUCUUCAUAGUGUGUUGGGCACCCUUCACCACUUACAGCCUUAUUGCCACAUUCAACAGCCACUUCUACUACAAGCACAACUUUUUUGAGAUAAGCACUUGGCUCCUCUGGCUCUGCUACCUCAAGUCUGCACUGAACCCACUGAUUUACUACUGGAGGAUUAAGAAGUUUCAUGAUGCAUGCUUAGACUUGAUGCCUAAAUACUUCAAGUUUUUGCCACAGCUACCUGGCCAUACAAGGCGGCGCAUUCGACCCAGUGCCAUCUAUGUAUGUGGAGAACAUCGGUCAGUAGUGUAAAGCUGCUGUUGUAUGACAGUGAUUGUUACUGUUUGGGAUAAUUUGUUUUCGGGCUUUUUGUUUUGUUCUAUAUGGCUUCUUCAGUGUGGCCAUAUCUUAUAACUUGAUAAAAUUUUCCAGUACUCUGUGCAAUUUUGGGAGAAAAAACGGAAGGAAGGUAAUUGGUUAUAGGUGGGUUUACUACCAGAAUACAAUGUAAAGAAAAUAACAAAUGUUACCUCUGGGAUUCCAUGGAAAUCCAUUCUUUUAAACAAAAAUUGCAUUUGUAACAUUUUGUCAGGCCGAUGCUUACUAGGCCUGCAGUUGCAUCUAAUUGUAGGGAUUUUUUAUGCUGCUAAGAUACAGUAUAUUUAGUUGGUGUAAUUUUUCUGAAAAAAUGUUGCUGCUGUCUGCCAAUAUAUCAGAGCCAAAAAGUCUCA